CGGCUUAAUUGAGCGUCACUGAGAAAUGGCGUUUAGUAAAACUAACGAUUAUUGAAAAUCAAAUCUGCAUUUAUUGUGAAAACCAAUAUAUCUUCCAAAUGAAAGAUGUCUGGAACUGAUUUUUCUUUGAAUACAGAAGCUAUAGAACGUCUGGAAAGCAUUUUAAAUGACUCCUUUUAUCGAGAAGCAGUUGAAAGCUCUGCAAAUUACAAUACUCGCCUAUGUAUAGAAAGAAAGACUAGAUUACCAUUUUUAGAUGCACAAACAGGUGUAGCCCAAAGUGAUUCCAGUUUAUGGAUGCCGAAAUGGCAAAGAAUGCCUGGUCAGAACUUUGGCCAGUUGUACAGCUACCCAGUCAAAAGGUGGAAGAAAAAAAGAUGGCAGUACUUAAUGAAUGAUAGAUACAUUCCACAAAAAGUGAAAGAUGCUGAUCAUGUCAGUGAAGCAGAUGCUAGCCAUAUCGCAGUAGUAGAAAAUCUAGUGACUCGUUUGGAAGAAGGUGAAGAAAACAGUGUAGAUAAAGUAACUGAGGACUCUAAAGACUCGUGGUGUAAGGAUUUUGAAGAUGUCAUUGAACCUCCAGAGCUAGGUGAACCCGAAGAUCUUGAUUCGGAUUAUGAUGAAUUUGAGGAAAGCUACAGUAGGAGAAAAAGAAAAAAGUUCGGUUACAGAUAUUACCCUGUUCUUACAGCUGAGUUGAGGCAAUGCCAAAACCCCGUAAUGUCGAGUUUGACCACACGAGGAAAAAAGAAGGGGGAACGAGUAGAAUAUUCUCAAGCUGAUAAGCCUUACAGCUGUGAAAUCUGCGGUGCCCGGUACAAGACCCGGCCAGGACUAUCAUACCACUACUCUCACAGUCACAACAACUCAGAUACUGCUGACGAGGAGCAGAGCUAUGCUUCUCCUAAAUCCACUACUUCUAAACCCACUUCCUCUACCUCGUCAGCUGGAGGAUCGGCCGAUGACCCACUGGCAGGUUUGAGGAAAUUUCAGGACAGCUUCUUGUCUUUCCUAAAGAAGCCUGGUAAUGACCAGAAAAGCGCUUCAGGAAAGCCUCUGGCAUCUCCAAGUCCUUAUUGUGACUUCUGUCUAGGAGAUAAUGUAGAGAACAAAAAAACAAGACAAGCAGAAGAGCUUGUAUCUUGUGCAGACUGUGGACGAUCUGCACAUCCAACUUGCCUUCAGUUUACUCCAAACAUGACAAUCUCGGUAAAAAAAUACAGAUGGCAGUGUAUUGAAUGUAAAUCUUGUGGCCUGUGUGGAACUUCAGAUAAUGAUGACCAGUUGCUGUUUUGUGAUGACUGUGACCGAGGUUACCACAUGUAUUGCUUGAAUCCUCCAUUGUCCGAGCCACCAGAGGGUUCAUGGAGUUGUCAUCUUUGUAUCGAAGAAUAUCAUGGUGGAAAGAAGAUACAGUAAAAUUAAUUUCAAGACCUGUUGUAAUUGUUUACUGCUCUUUAUGACAUUAAUAUAUGUGUCUUGAGGUCUCACAUUAAAAUAGAUUUCAGUCAACAUCACUGAGUAAACACAUUUGUUAUAGGAUACUCCAGUUAUUUUUAUUUUGUGAUACAGGUGUUAUGAUUUGUUGGAAGAAAGUUAAGAAAAGCUGUGAAUAGAUUUAAAUUGUUUGUAAGUACGUUUGAGGGCCAAAAGUAUUCACACUUAAGAAAAAUUUAUAUGAUUGAUUGGUAAAGUAUUUAUUGUGUUGUUUUGUAUUUUUUUAUCUUAAAGAAAUUUAUUUUAAAUACAAAAUAAGAAAAUGGUCAGUUUUCAAAGAUAAAUGAUGAUAGCUAUUUUUAAGCCAAUUCCAAUUUAUUAAUUUCCUAAUUUAGAGAUUUUUUGUAUGUAGUGGAAAAAUUAACCUACACCCCUACUGAAUAUAAAAUGUAAAACACCUUAAAUCAUUAUUAGUGCUUACAAAACAAUAAUGAAUGUGUUGUAAGCAAAGGGAAGUAAUGAUUUUUUUUAUUUUCUUGCCCAGCUUUUGCUUUGGUAAGCUUUUCCCUGCAAGCAUACACACAUAAUACGAUGGAGAAUGUCUUAUAAAAAUGUGAUUAAUACUGACAUAAAAAAUAACAUUCUAGUAGUGAGAAAUUGCUUAUAAAAUGUGUGUAUCUUUAUCUUUCUUGCAAAACUCUCAAAAUAUUUUUGUACAAUUUAUUUUGUUUUUUUUUAAAUUAUUGAAACUGUGGAUGAAAUAAAAUUUAUUUUAUUAUAAUGACUAAGGUUUAAAAAAAGUUGUAUUUUUCUGUAACAAAUGUGUUAUGUAGUACUUACUUUUUGUAAUUUUUUUAGUGUGUUCUAUUUUUACUAGUAAACAUUUACAGUUUCACCAUGCAUUUCCAAACCUGUUUGUAGGCUGUGUAUUUUUAUGCUUUUUGUAUUCUUAAGAAUUUCUUGGGAACUUGAUGACUUGGAACUCCUGCUGAAAUCUUAAUAUCAAAUCUAUCUACAUGGUGAGUUGUGUAACCAAUGUGUGUGUGCAUGUGUCAUUGUAUAUUUGCAACAAAUGAUUACACAGUUGUUUAAAGAAGAGUUUAUGCAACUUUGCACUGAAUACCUUUAAAGUUUCUUCAUCAGAAAGAUUUCUGAAAGUUGAUGUAGAUGAAGUAAUGUGUCAUUGUGUUUUCAGAAGACAUCAUCCUUGGAAAAUCAGUAAUUUGAAAAAAAUAAUUAUAUUUUUACCAGUUUUUUAUUUUGUAUACUUGAAUAGUGUUGGUUAGUUUGUAUACAAUGGACAUUUUUAUCUUUAAACCAUAUGCAUUGUUUUCCUUUUCAUACUUGGUGAAAUAUAUUGCUUUAAAUCUGAAAUAGUUCAGUUGGGUAAAAAUAUUUUUGAAGCCGUAGAAUGGAUCAUUAAUAGUUUUUCAUUCUUUCUGUCGUUUCUGAUUGAAUAUAUGUUAAUUAUGUAUAUCGCUUGUUUUUAAUACUUCACUGUAACAUUUUGCUUGGUACUUCAAGGUUUGGAAUUAAUAAAUUAAAUAUCUAAUUAGAAAUUAGUUGAUUAGAAAAUAAUUCAAAACAUGAAUAUCAGAAUAGAUAGGAAACAAGCCAUUUCAGUAACAAGUUAAAAUGUAUUACUGUGCAUUUUUCUUGCCAUCUGAUUGUGAUUUGUGUGUACUAACCGUCCUUUUAAUAGAUAUAUAUAUAUAUAUUUGGUAAAUAUUGGUAGCUAAAGGUCUCAGAAAACAAUACACAUAGUUUAAUGUCUUGCUAUUCUGUUUACAUAUGUAUAUAUAUGCAAGUAACUUUUUACCUCUUUGUUGAUAAGUGAAUAAGCAUAUAAAAUAACUUGGUGAAGCACCAGUUACCUUCAGUGAAAUUUAUUAAGCUUGUAAAAUAUCUAUACAGCACCACUGGUUGAGUAUUUUCUUACCGUUUCAAGUGGAAGACUUAUUGCUGAUAAAGUGAAGACUAUGCCAUAAGCCUUGAUGUUCUGGUUUGUCAGUUGAUGUGGAUGUCACAUUUUAUAAUUAAAUAUCCACUGUCACUGAUCUUUGUUUUUGCUGGCAGAUCAGGAAACACUUAGCAUGCGAAAAGGUCUAACAGUUGUCACUUGUGAAUUGUCAGUUCAAGAUAAGCAUUGUAAUACAAAAUAACUGUCAUCUAAUUAUUGCAACUUUGGAUUGGUGCAGUUGUUUGAUCUCUUAGGUAAAGUUGCAUUUUGAUCACAUUUGGAGAAAGUAUUGCCGCUUGUACUUGUAUGAACAUGUGUCUAGCUUUCUGUCAGGUACCAAGAAUGAUGUUUAAAUCAAAAGGUAAUAACAUGAAUAUUUUAAUCAAAUAUUUCA